CGAGGGCGGGGCCGGGUUCCGGCUGCGCUCACAGCCGCCGCUGGCCACCCCCCCCACCCCCGGUUCGCGCGCUGGGACCCCGGGCCCGACAGACCUGGGCACCGGCCCGACCCGCGGGGAGGGGGCUCUGGGCGCCGCGGACCCCGCCGGCCCAGCCGAGUGCAGGCGGCCAUGGGCUCUGUGGGAAGCCAGCGCCUCAAGGAGCCCAGUGUGGUGGGCACACCCGAUAGGAAUGUGGGGACCAGUUUCAGCUUCGACAGCUUCCAGCUUGAGGCCACCGCAGCCAUGGUGGAUGCGACUCGGGAGCAGGGCAUCAGGGCCAGGGGUGUCCCCACCUUCGUGGACUCAGUGACAGAGGAGCCUGUGCCCGAGGACCGCUACCACGCCAUCUACUUUGCCAUGCUGCUGGCCGGUGUGGGCUUCCUGCUGCCCUACAAUAGCUUCAUCACGGACGUGGACUACCUGCACCACAAGUUCCCAGGAACCUCCAUUGUCUUCGACAUGAGCCUCACCUACAUCCUGGUGGCACUGGCAGCCGUGCUCCUCAACAACGCCCUGGUGGAGAGGCUGAGCCUGCACAGCAGAAUCACCACAGGCUACCUCCUGGCCCUGGGGCCUCUGCUCUUCAUCAGUGUCUGUGAUGUGUGGCUGCAGCUCUUUGCGCAUGACCAGGCCUACGCCAUCAACCUGGCCGCUGUGGGCACCGUGGCCUUCGGCUGCACAGUGCAGCAAUCCAGCUUCUAUGGAUACACAGGGAUGCUGCCCAAGAGGUACACGCAGGGGGUGAUGACCGGGGAGAGCACGGCGGGGGUGAUGAUCUCCCUAAGCCGCAUCCUCACCAAGCUGCUACUCCCGGAUGAGCGCGCCAGCACGCUCAUUUUCUUCCUGGUCUCUGUGGGCCUGGAGCUGCUGUGCUUCUUGCUGCAUUUGCUGGUGCGGCGCAGCCGCUUUGUGCUCUAUUACACCACGAGGCCGCGCGACAGCCGCCGGGGCUGUAGGACCGGCUACCGCGUGCACCACGAUGUCGCCACGGGAGACAUCCACUUCGAGCACCAGGCGCCAGCCCUCGCCAGCAGUGGGUCCCCCAAGGACAGUCCGGCCCACGAGGCGACCUCCGGCUACGUGCGCUUCGACGUCCCGCGGGCGCGGGUGGAGCGCAGCUGGCCCAGCUUCCGAGCCCUGCUGCUGCACCGCUACGUGGUGGCGCGGGUCAUCUGGGCCGACAUGCUGUCCAUCGCCGUGACCUACUUCAUCACGCUGUGCCUGUUCCCCGGCCUAGAGUCCGAGAUCCGCCACUGCGUGCUGGGCGAGUGGCUGCCCAUCCUGGUCAUGGCCGUGUUCAACCUGUCAGACUUCGUGGGCAAGAUCCUGGCCGCCCUGCCAGUGGACUGGCGGGGCACCCACCUGCUGGCCUGCUCCUGCCUGCGCGUGGUCUUCAUCCCCCUGUUCAUCCUGUGUGUCUACCCAAGUGGGGCACCCGCGCUCCGGCACCCAGCCUGGCCCUGCGUCUUCUCCCUGCUCAUGGGCAUCAGCAACGGUUACUUUGGCAGUGUGCCCAUGAUCCUGGCAGCCGGCAAAGUGAGCCCCCGGCAGCGUGAGCUGGCAGGAAACACCAUGACCGUGUCCUACAUGUCGGGGCUGACGCUGGGCUCCGCUGUGGCCUACUGCACCUACAGCCUCACCCGCGACGCCCACAGCAGCUGUUUCCGAGCCGCCACUGCCAACCGGUCCCUCAUCACGGGGCCCUGAGUGCUGCCUGCCACCCGCUCAGGGAGGCUGCUCCACAGCAAGGAACGGCCAAGGCCACCUGCCACCUGCUACCUGCCUGCAGUGCCUCAGGGCCUGAGUGAGCCCCCUCCUGUGCCAACAGCCCCACCUCUCUGGAUGCAGCCACCUGGCCAGCCCGGGCCACAUCUCCAUGGCCCAGAGUCUGCCUGGCACUGUGGUCACACACCCUCCGCCACAUCUGUGUCAGUGGCUCAGGCUUGAGCCAGGCCAGCACUCAGUGUGUCCUUUGUCCAGGAUGACAGACCCAGAGCCUCAGCAUCCCCCUCCUGGUGACCCCACUGCAGGGUCUGCUUUGAGAUCCCUUGGUCGUCGUCACCACUGUCCAUGACCCCUGUUGGGGGAGGGUCCUCCUCCUGGCCCUUGGAGGAGUGGCACAGCCCCCAGCCUGUCCCCCUCAGGCCUCGAUCCUGCCACUUAUCCUCAAGCACUGGACAUGUGCAUCUGCUGUGGAAGGAGGAUGGCCCUGGCCUCAGUGUCCCCAGCACAGGGAACACCCCUACCCCAGGCUUGGGCCCUGUCUUCGGGUCCUCACUACCUCCCUAGCUCCCCUCAGGUGACCCUGGCAGAGAGGGGCCUGCGUUUGGGGGACAUGAGGCAGUUCCUCCAAGAUUGCCUCAGCCCUGGCAUGGCUUUCUCACAGUGGGCUUUUAGGAAGGGACACAUGUGCCAGAGGGUCUACGGCAAGUUGGGAGGGCUGGUGUCACUGCAGGCAACCAGGCUGACUCCAGGACAUCCUGCCAGACUCCUACAUCCCGCGCCCUCCCUGUGACCAUGCUGUCUCCUCGCCUGCUGUGUCUCGUCCACCUGUGUCCUCUGACUGUACCGCACUGGCCAUUAAAUGACAGCGGCUGAGAUUGCC